GCAUGGAAAGAGCUCCAAGCAUGAUCGAGCUCAUGACACUAUUAAUAUAAGAUGCGACCCUCUUUUAGCCAUGCCCCCCAUGAUCGCACCAGGCCAAUAAAACGGCGGGUCGUUCCUUUCUUGGCUGUGGCCCUGUUGCUAUGCAUAUCCGCUGUCAUAAUCUGGUCCCGCAACCGAAGAUCUUCUGAUUUUCUUCAAGUGGCUCUAGCCGAAAAGCACCAACGACCAAAGCUUCAAUCCAAAUCUGGAACUACUAUAGAUAGUACUACUGGUAGUAAGAACAACCAACUGCUGGUGAUCACUCCUCUUGGCAAUUCAACGUCCAACGAAAAAGGAGUUCACGCCUUGAAAUGCUCCAUGAAGUUCCGGGGACACAAUCCAGAACAUUUGAUACGAGCAAAGUUUGAUGACAAGGAUGGGUAUGGGGGGUUGGAUGUCAAGAAGAUCAGAACGAUAUUAAGGACGUUACAAGAGUUGUUGUCCCAACAAGAAUGGCCGGCAACUACCCUGAUCCUAGUAGUAGAUGCAUUUGAUGUGGUCAUCCAGGCAGACCCACAAGAGAUUCUCCAGGCAUACGACGCACAGCCUUACCCAAUUCUAUUUGGUGCAGAAGCGGGAUGUUGGAAUCCAGUCACCAAAACUCUCCAGAGCACUGUUUCGGCUCCACUCUGCACACUUCCCACACAUCAAACCAGCAUUGCCAAGGGUCUCUAUCUCAAUUCGGGAGUUUUCCUGUCAACUCUUGGAACUCUGGCCGCAUUUUUGGACCACGAACUCAAUCACCAGGAGUUGCCGACCGAAAAGGAAGGUCUCGUGGCACUGCAAGGCUUCCCCGGUCAGUUCAAUGAUCAGGCAUAUUGGGGAUACUGGUACACAAAGUACCAUCCACUCAUUGGCAUUGAUAAUACUGGCGACAACAACAAUAAACUCAUUAUUGCCAAUAUUGGCAGGGAUCACCGAAGUGCGCUGCGGUUUGACACCACGACGGGAUUGUUUGCCUUGGAGGACAAUAAUAAUGGAAAACAGAAACAAGUCCCGCCCGUGAUGCAUUUUCCAGGAUCUCAUCCCAAACUGUUCAAGCCGUACAUUGCUGCCAAGCGGUUCUUUGAGGAGAAUUGCUAAUUUUAUAUUGAUAC